AUUGGCUAAAGGGGUGUGGCGCUACCUUCCUCAGGAGAAGCGCCAGGUAGGAACCGACCUUCCAACUCCUAAUAGCAGGCUUCGGGCCCGCUGAGAUAAGGAAGCCUCGGUUUAUUUUGGCUAGGGACUCAAGAGGCGGAGAAAAGGUUUGUUUAGGAAGGUCUCGGUCUGUUCUCUCCCAGCUCCCCAGAGGGAGGAGGAAGCUCUGUUCCUAAGUCCUGCGUUCCCCCAGCGAGGAACUGUAAGGCAGCCUAAGGAGGCAGGACUAGAGACAGUAAAAAAAAAAGAGAAACAAUCGAUCACCUGGGCUGGUUUUCUGGGAUUUACUUUUUGUUUCAUUUUAUUUUCCCUUUCGGAACGACAGAGGAAGGCAUGGAGAAGACUGUGAACUUGGCAACUGUAUCCCCAAGUACCCCGCUGCCCAGAGCGCUCAAGAGGCAGAAGGAACGGCACGGCCCACAGAAAGAACUUAAAAAGUGGGAUGAAUUUGAAGAUAUGUUGGAAGAGAGGAGGCAUUUCAGUGACCUGAAAUAUGCAAUGAAAUGCUAUACACCUACUGUUUACAAGGGGCUUUGCCCUUGCAAACCAGAUAAAAUUAAACGUUGUGUUCUCAAAUCUGAGGAGGUUCAGUAUAUUAUCAAGCAGAUAUCCAAGGAAACACAUGAGUCCACUGAUAUAAUUCAAGAGGAAGCUUCUGUAAUCCUGGAUGAAAUGGCUCACAAAUUGCGUUUGGGAGCCAUCCGAUUUUUUGCUUUCAGUUUGAGUAAAGUGUUUAAACGUAUUUACAAGAAGGUGUGUGUGAAUGAAGAAGGUAUUCAGAGACUACAACGGGCUAUUCAGGAGCAUCCAGUCGUUCUGCUGCCUAGUCAUAGAAGUUAUAUUGAUUUUUUGAUGCUGUCUUAUGUUUUAUACACCUAUGAUUUACCUGUACCUGUCAUUGCAGCAGGAAUGGACUUCCUGGGAAUGAAAUUGGUGGGUGAGCUGCUACGAAUGUCAGGUGCUUUUUUCAUGCGACGUACGUUUGGUGGAAAUAAACUCUAUUGGACUGUGUUCUCUGAAUAUGUAAAAACCAUGUUACGGAAUGGUUAUGCUCCAGUUGAAUUUUUCCUUGAAGGAACAAGAAGCCGUUCUGCUAAAACCUUGACUCCCAAAUUAGGUCUUCUCAAUAUUGUGAUGGAACCAUUUUUUAAGAGAGAAGUUUUUGACACCUACUUGGUUCCAAUUAGCAUCAGUUAUGAUAGGCCAUUAGAAGAAACUCUAUAUGCACAUGAACUUCUAGGAGUUCCUAAGCCAAAGGAAUCAACAACUGGCCUAUUGAAAGCAAGGAAAGUACUCAAUGAAAAUUAUGGAAGCAUUCAUGUGUACUUUGGAGAACCUUUAUCACUCCGAUCCAUAGCAAAUGGGAAAAUGAGUCGAGGUCCAUAUAACUUAGUUCCCAGACACAUCCCCCAGAAACCCUCUGAGGAUAUGCAUGCAUUUGUUAGUCAUGUUGCAUACAAACUGGAACUUCUACAAAUUCAAAAUAUGGUUCUGAACCCAUGGAAUCUGGUAGCUACUGUAUUUCUUCAGAAUUUACCAAGAAUGGACUUUGAUAUUUUGGUUAAAAAGACUGUUUGGCUAAAAGAUUUAACACAAACUUUUGGAGGAUUUCUAAUUUGGCCUGAUAAUAUAGCUGCUGAUGAAGUUAUACAUUCUUCCCUUCUUCUACAUUCUAACAUCGUCAAUUUUAACAAGGAUCAGGUGAUUUUGAAAGAGGAAAGUGAAGAACCAGGAACUGCUGAAGGACUUGUUUUCCAGCAUAUCACUAUACUCAUGUGUGUGGCUUACAGAAAUCAGCUGCUUAAUAUUUUUGUCCGCCCUUCUUUUGUGGCUAUAUCACUGCAGAUGACGCCUGGUUUCAGGAAAGAGGACAUCUACAGCUGCUUUGACUUCCUACGUGAUGUGUUUUCAGAUGAAUUCAUCUUCUUUCCAGGAAAUGCACUGAAGGACUUUGAAGAAGGCUGUUACCUGCUUACUAAAAAUGAAACCAUUCAAGUGACUCCACAGGACAUUUUAGUUACAGACAAGGGAGAUACUGUGGUAUCAUUUUUAGCAUUACUCUUUAAGCCCUUUGUGGAAGGUUAUCGGAUAAUUUGUCAAUAUCUCCAGAAAGAGGAAAAUGAGGGUUUCACUGAGAAGCAAUACUUAACAGGAAUUAGAAACUAUAAUUACUGUCUUCUUCAAUCAGGAGAAUCUGAGUGUUAUGAGCUGCUUUCUUCUGAUAUGCACAAAAAUGCAUUAGCAGCUCUUGUUCGACUGGGCGCAGUAUCAAAAAACAAAGUAAAUGAUGAAUAUACUUAUAAAGUGAAUGAUGAAGCCAUCAUAAAGUUAGAAGAAAUGCUUGGUGCCAAAAUACCCAUAGGAAAACCAGUAACAGCAAGACUUUAAUCCUUCUCUGCAAUUGUAUGAGGAAGAAUGUUGCAGAAUGACUAUUUAAAAACAAAGCAGGAAUUUAGAAGAAAUACAUUACCUAUCAUCCCUCUAACUCGACGUCUUUGGAAGUAUAUAAUAAAGGAGAAAAAAGGUGUUCAACUGAAGAAAUGAGUGUGGGCCUUUGAACUCUUGAUGCUAAAAACUGCAUUUGUAUCAUCUUCCCUGAGUGUUUUUGAAUAAAAUAAUCUUUUGGAUACAUAUUUGGAAAAACA